AAUGGCGAUAGUAUGUGAUGCUGAUGUUAUUUUAAUCCUAAGCGGGUGAUUUUAUAAUGGUUGGCUGCUGUUACUUUUACGUUCGGAUGUGCGAUUAGUGACAGUACAUUAUCGACAAUAUGAUGUUAUGAUGGUUUAAAAAUUUAAAGCAGUUAAGAAAUGGAAACUAUAGCUACAACUCAGGGCGCAGAUUCUGACAUGGACUGCUCUGAUAAUGAGGAUUGUUACGACGAUUAUAAUGACUAUUACAACGACGAUGAUAGCGAUGUUGAACACAUAGAUCCCAGGAAAGUGGAUCCAGAACAUUUUGACUAUAAGUGUUUAUCUGAGGAAGAAGUAGAAAGACUCCUAAAUGAAACUGUAGAAGGUCUCAGUAAUCGUCUUCAUAUUCCUCCCUCAUUGGCCAAAGUUUUAUUACAUAGUCAUAACUGGAAUAUAAAUGAAGUCAUUUGUAAAUAUAAAGAGAAUCCCCAACAAACUCUUGUAUCAGCCAGAAUUGACCCUCCUUUACCUCCAAAAAGCAUUAUUUUUACUUCAAGUUGUAUGAACUGCCCUGUUUGUGUUACUCCACAACAUAUAGAUAAGUUUUUUCACUUAUCCUGCGCCCAUAUGUUUUGUAAGGAUUGUUGGGCCAUGCAUUUUGAAGUUCAGGUCACCCAAGGGAUAUCAACUGCUAUCAGUUGCAUGGCACGUGAUUGUGUGGUUCUAGCUCCUGAAGAUUUUGUGUUAAAACAUUUGCAGCAUAAAACAUGUAUUCGAGAAAAAUAUCAACAUUUUACUUUCCAAGAUUAUGUCAAGUCUCAUCCAGAGCUAAGGUUUUGUCCAGGCCCAAAUUGUUCUGUUGUUGUAUAUAGUAAUGAAAUUAAGGCCAAAAGGGCUGUUUGUGAAAGAUGUAAAACUGCAUUCUGCUUUAGGUGCGGAUGCGAUUAUCAUGCACCAACUGAUUGCCAGAUCAUAAAAAAAUGGCUUACGAAAUGUGCAGAUGAUAGUGAAACAGCUAACUACAUUAGCGCUCAUACCAAAGACUGUCCGAAGUGCCACAUAUGUAUCGAGAAAAAUGGGGGUUGCAAUCACAUGCAGUGCUACAAUUGCAAGCAUGACUUCUGCUGGAUGUGUCUGGGUGAUUGGAAAUCACAUGGAUCGGAAUAUUAUGAAUGCUCUAGGUAUAGGGAAAAUCCAAAUAUUGCCCAUGAAUCUGUCCAUGCACAGGCUAGGGAAGCAUUAAAAAAAUAUCUCCAUUAUUAUGAAAGGUGGGAAAAUCACUCAAAGUCUCUGAAGUUAGAAGAACAAACUCUAGAAAAACUCAGGUCACGUAUAAAUCAAAAAGUGAUGUCAGGAUUGGGGACUUGGAUUGAUUGGCAAUAUUUGUUUACUGCAGCCAACCUUUUAGCAAAGUGUCGUUAUACUUUACAAUAUACAUAUCCUUACGCUUACUAUAUGGAUGCGGGACCGAGAAAGGAGCUAUUUGAGUACCAGCAAGCGCAGCUGGAGGCUGAAAUUGAAAAUCUGUCAUGGAAAAUUGAAAGAGCUGAGACCACUGAUAGGGGAGAUUUGGAGAACCAAAUGGAUAUUGCAGAGAAACGAAGAACUACGCUUUUGAAAGACUUUCUUGAUGUGUGAUAUUUUUUAAGUUAGUUUUUUUUUAAUUGUUCUAGCAAUUGCAAUGUUGCCAAUAGUUUUGGCUCAUUUUUCAACAACUUAACUGUGAUUGUAUGAGCAAAAAAAUCAGGCAAGUCACAAAUACAAUCUUUAGGUUUGCAUUUACAGAAGUUGAAGGAAUAUUUAUGGUACACUUCAUGGAAGUAUUUGGAAAAAUCUGAGGAGCAAUAAAGAUAUUUUUCAAUUAGGAAUUUUACAAAUUUUAAGUGUCUUUCAAUUGCGCGCUUUUAUUUUUCACAGUGGGUUCCAUAUUCAUGAAAAGAAUUUCUGUAAAUAAUUUUAAGAAACUUCCAAAGUCACUAGCAAUUUAGAAUUAGAAAAAUUUGUAUUUUUGCAGUUUACAAAUUAACAUGUUGAAACUACAGUAUAUAUAUAUAUAUAUAUAUAUAUAGAUUCAUAGUAAGAAUACCAAUACAUUAUUUGCGAUGGCAAAUUAAUCAUUAUGUUGAACACAAAUCUAUUUAUUUUGUUUAAUAAAAUAUUAUAGAUGAAAAACAAAUUCUAAAAAUCUGGUGUUUCUACACUUAAAUAUUUUUAUUUAACACUUUGUUACUUGUUUUCAGAAUUAUUGUAAAUAAAUAAAUCUAGGAUUUUUUUUAUCUUUGACUUUGGAGUUUGAUAUCGUGACCAGUUUUUACAUUUUGUAUAACAUGUAGUUAUAACUUGAUUUUAGAAUGUAAACGAAUUUGAUUUUACUUGAUAUUUCCAUUUUUUUAAAAGUUGGGUGUACACUGAUUUAAAGAACAAAAAUGAAGGGGAUUUUAAUUCUGUGUUCAAAAAUUCGUUUCUUAUAAGUUUAAGCGCCUUAUCUUUGUUCGCGCGGCUGAUGCAGUCAUUUUUGCAUAUGGUUCUCGAUCAUAAAUUAUAAAUAAUAAAAGUAAAUUGCUUUUUAUUAACUAUAUAUAAUAAAUGAACCCAAGUAACUCAUUACAAUGAAAUUUAAUAUUGCACUUUCUGAACUAUGAAGGGUGGAUUUUUGAGGUUAAAUUAUCGGUUCUAGUAAAUAUAAUUCAAUUCUAUCAUUAGUCAUUGAAUAUUACACCUUUUUGAUAAUUCUAAAUACAAGUUAAUCCAAAGUCCAAACAU